AUGUCUACUCCACUCCCCGCAAAUAUCCACAUCUCAACCCACCCUUGCCUCCAAGCAAAGCUUUCUCAACUCCGAUCAGCAAGUACCAGUCCCCGCGAAACAAGAACGCUUGUUCAUGAGAUAGCAUCAAUCAUCGCUGUCGAGGCAUUCUCCACUGGUCUCACAGUUACCAAAACAGGCACAGACAUCACCCCAUUAGGCGCCGAGUAUGAGACGAAAGGCAUCAAUCCAGCAGAUCUAGCUCUGGUCCCAAUUCUAAGAUCCGGCCUAGGCAUGGUAGAAGCCCUAAACGCCCUCCUUCCAACAUCAGUCCCAAUCUAUCACCUGGGACUCUUUCGUGAAAAAAUCACCCUCCAACCAGUAGAAUACUACAACAAUCUCCCCUUUCACCGCGAGGAGCUCUCACCCGCCAGUCCAGCCCUACUCUCACCAACAGAUAGAUCAAAAAACACCGCUGCAGCAACCCUAGCUGUUCUUCUGGAUCCGAUUAUUGCGACGGGCGCAACUGCUGAGGCGGCUAUACAGCUUCUUCGUGAUUGGGGCGUUGAAAGGGUGAUUAUGCUUAAUGUGAUUGCUUCGGAGGAGGGGAUUAGGCGGGUAGCUGGGGUUUGGGAUAAGGUUGAGAUUUGGGUUGGAGCGGUGGAUGAGAAGGUUAAUGAGAAGGGGAUGAUUGUGCCUGGGGUUGGGGAUAUUGGGGAUAGAUUGUUUGUUGCUAUUGGGAAGUGA